GAGUGGGAAACAUUUUGGGGGGGCACAGGGUUCUGAGAGAUUGAUGGGUUGACAGGGGAGAGGGCAGUUGCAGGAGGUAGUGGACCUGGCCCCAGGAAACCCAGCUCACGCGUUGGUGGUUCUUAACACGCUUGUGACAUUUUACCUUGUCAGUUCUUAUUUUUGUUUUAAUUUUCCCCCCAUUCAUCAUUAAGCAGAAGGGGCAGCAGAGGAAGGAAUAAUAAGCUGUGCAGGACUGGAUCUAAACGCGGCAAAGAGGGAACCUCCAGAAAACAAGAAGUCAUAAGUGUCCCACUUUUAGGAGCCACCCCACCCCCCUCGAACCCCGUGGAAACUGGGCGGCCCCGAGCAGGCCCCGCAGUCGCUCAAGAUGGCCGCCUUGAAACGGAGCCGCCGGCAGGCCUGGCCAGAAGAGGAGGGCGACCGGGAGCACGGGCUCUAUAGCUUGCACCGCAUGUUUGACAUCGUGGGCACCCACCUGACCCACCGCGACGUCCGGGUCUUGUCCUUCCUCUUUGUGGACGUCAUUGACGACUACGAAAGGGGGAUGAUCCGCAGUGGGCGGGACUUCCUCCUGGCGCUGGAGAGGCAGGGCCGCUGCGACGAAACCAACUUCCGCCAGGUGCUUCAGCUUCUGCGGAUCAUCACCCGCCACGACCUGUUGCCCUAUGUCACUUUAAAGAGGAGGAAGGCCGUGUGCCCGGAUCUUGUAGACAAGUACCUAGAAGAGACUUCCAUUCGCUACGUGACGCCGCGAGCCCACAGCAGCGCAGAGCACGUUCCUUCCCACCAACACAAAUCUGUGCCUCCCCACCACCCGCUGGUCUGCUGCUCCUCUUCAGGCCCCCAGAUCUGCACCAAGAGACCUGGCCGGGGACGAGCCCUCCUUGGGAGCCAGCGGAAAAGGAGGAAGUCGGUGACACCAGACCCGAAAGACAAACAGACGUGCGACAUCCGCCUGCGAGUCCGAGCAGAGUACUGCCAGCACGAAACGGCCUUGGAGGGGAACGUCUUCUCCAACAAGCAGGACCCCCUGGAGCGCCAGUUUGAGCGCUUUAGCCAGGCCAACACCAUCUUGAAAUCCCGGGACCUGGGCUCCAUCAUCUGUGACAUAAAGUUUUCGGAGCUCACUUACCUCGACGCUUUCUGGCGCGACUACAUCAACGGCUCGCUACUGGAGGCCCUCAAGGGGGUCUUCAUCACAGACUCGCUCAAGCAAGCGGUGGGCCACGAGGCCAUCAAGCUCCUGGUCAACGUGGACGAAGAGGAUUACGAGGUGGGCCGUCAGAAACUCCUGAGGAACUUGAUGCUCCAGACGGCACCUUGAACCUCGGUUGCUGUUAUUCCCCCCACCCUGUCCUCUGCCUCUCCUUUGGAUGAUUUUUUUCCCGGGGUUUUUUUUUUCUCUCUCUCAAGAAAAGGAAAAAAAACAUCUUAAAAGGAAUGAAACCUCAAGCUCCCUGCCAUGUACUUAGUAACUGUACGGUCUGUUUCGACACGAGGAUGAGCGCUGUGGUUGGUUUUUUCUUUUUCCCCCAGUUGGGAACCAAAACAGGAGAUGGAAAUUCCUGGGCUCCUCCCUGCCUGCAAGGGAGAUGCGGGGGCCAUAUCCCUGCAGGUCAGCUGAGCAUCUUCGCUCAUUGACCGAUGCUCCUCUGGUCUCUCGUCUUUUCUUAACCACAUUCUCUCUUGUGCUGUCUACUUCUCUCCUGGGUUUUUUUGUUUUUGUUUUCUUUUUGGUACUGUCUCUCCAAAACAUUAGACUGUCCUGUGGUGUGCCAUUGCCCAGAAAGGUCUAAGCAGGUGCGGCGAGGUCCAGAAGGCGAGACUUCCACUCUUUAUAUUAAAAAUAAGAAGCAAACCUGAACGUGGCUCUUCUUGUGCCAGGAACAUCUUAACACCGGUGUUUUUUCUUUCAAGCUGUGAGUUCCAUGGGUGGUGAGACAGGGUGGGGGAGGAACGGGGCGUCUCGGAGUGGAGUUGGGGAAGAAAGCGCUUGCAUCUUAACCAGACGCACCACCUGCCCCCUCCUUGUAGCAAUGUUCUUAUAAGUGACACUCAAGGCCUGCCAGUUGGAUUUAGGAAUGGUUAUGCAAUUGACUUUGGUGGGGGUGGGGGGGAGUGUGGAUGGGAAGGACCCUCGCCUAGAAGGAAGUCGCGGCAAGGGUGGGGGUCCAGACACAAGGGACAAAAUGGUCUUUGGGACCUUAGCUGCUCUGGAAGACUGUUUUCUUCUGUGCGUGUGGGAAGAGCGUGCUUUGUCCCAGGCCAGCUAGCUCAGCUGUAAUAAAUUUGAGUGUUUGUUCUCCCUCCCACCUAACCCUUUCCCCUGACGUGUGUCCUGAACAGAGAGUAUUUCCAGCCAGCCCCCCCCCCCCCCGAUCCACUGUGUGUGCCUUUCCCUCAACCUUUGGUGGAGGGAUCGUCUGCCUCCAAAGACAACAGAGAAAGGGCCACCCGUCUGAGGCCUUUUCUCACCUCUCUGAAACCACACAAGCACCACGGCCGGCCUUGCAUGGGUGCAAAGGGCAAGGAGGAGGUGGAAGGGAUUGUUCCAGCUGCGAAUGGCUGUGUCAGAUCAGAGCCAGGAGGACAAGGCAGUCCAGCCUUCCACCUUCUUUGCCAUUUUGUGUUUUUUUCCAGGAACAUGAUCCUCCAGUUUCUCGAUCUGGGCUUGGCUCUUGGCUUACUCCCCUGGGAAGGCUGCAAAAGGGAUGUGUUGCAGGAGCUCCUUCCGCUCUUGCCUUCUGUUCAGGUGGUGCUGGGCACCACAGCAGUUGCCUCCCGUGUCUUGUCCUAUAUUAAAUAAGCUUUCUCCCCCCCCCCUUUUUGAGCUGCUGGGAGAAGCUUGAGGGGUGAACAUUCCCAGGGGGCAGAGAGGACCCUGGUGGUUUAUUGUUGGGUGGGGCAGGUGGGCUUAAAAUGCACUGUUAGGUUUUGGUAAGACUGCAACUUGAGAUGGGGCGACUCCCUGCCCCAGGAGAUGGAUUGGGACUUCCUUAGGCUCCGUUAGUGGGGGAAAUCAAUUAUUUUUUAUUAUAAAUGCAUAUGUAUUGGUAGGAAGAAGCCUGCUCAAGUAUCCCAAGUCACUCUUUAAAAGGGAUUAUCUAUUCUUUUUUCUUUAAUUUUUUUUAAGUUUUGCUCCUGAAUUUUUGUGUUUCCGUUGGGUGAGUUACACAUGCUGCUUUUGGGAUUCCAUUGGAUUACACUAAGUAUGUAUUGUGAAAUCGCCUUGGCAAGCCAUGGUCGUGUUUCCCUUGGGUUUUGGAUGCCUAUUCCAGAAAGCUUGUAACUUCUGAACAGCAUCGUUUCCCCCCCAACCCAGGCAAUAUAAUCUUGGUAGCCCCCUCCCCCCCCCGACUUCUUUCAGAUGGCACAUAUGGUAGUAUUCACUCACUUCCCCCCACUCCUCUUCAAGUUUCUCUUUCUGGCUUACUAGUCAAACAAGAAGGCUCCAUCUAAGAAAUGUAUCAACAGGAGCGUUCCAAUGGUGGGGCGGUUUAUCUGACUGGCAGGCAAAAUCAAGUGGCGUUGCUCUUUACCCUUGGGCUGUACCAUUUCAACUGGUUUUUUUUUAAUGUACAGAAAAACAAAGGGCAUGUUGAUUUAGUUUUAAGACAUGGUACUUGUUUUAUUGGGGGGAGAAGAAACUAGAACUCUUACCUUGCAUUCUGUAAAUUGCUUUUUUUAAAAAAAAACAACAACCAGAGAGAAAAGGGCUAGAAAGGACAAAAAAAGCCUUUAAAAAGAAAAGGCUAAUAAUGAUAGGAAGAAAGCAGAGGAUAUUUUGUCCUAGUCUUCUCCUUGACAUGCCACUUUCAUAGCAACCAUUGUUUCAGCCUGAAGUUGGUACAGUCCAGGGUAAGCUAUGCCACUCAACUUGAUGGAUUGUGUAAUCAGGUUUUGAGCCAAAAUCUAAUCCUGCAUUGGUUGGGAAAUAUUCCACUUGAUGUGCAAGUAUCUAAUGUCUCUUAUGCUCUGCAACCGCCUUCGCCAAGCUGGCAUCUUUCAGACGUUGUGGGAGUACAGCUCUCAUUAGCCCCGAUGGGAAUGUUAAUCCUGCAACAUCCAGAGGGCACAAGCUUGCCAAAGGUCAACUGUACAAGGUAUCUUGGCAAAGUGUGCAAGGGCCCCUGCCGCUAUCCUUUGUGUACCCCCCUCACUCACACGCACACACACUCCCCAUUUCAAAACACAUCUGGCACAAAUUUGUGUAAAAUCUGUGACUUCUGUUUUUUUUUUUUAAGGAACUUCCAGUGUAACUGGUCAUAAUCCCAGUGUAGCUUUGUUUUUCCUCAGAAUAAUAAUAAUAAAAAUCUUCUGCCUUUU